UGAGUGCGCCCGAAGGAGCGACUCGACUCGAGCCGACCGACCGAUCUAUCUAGGACCCUAGGACAGGACAGGAUGCUGGCUGCGCGCAAGUUGGUGCUGCGCGCGAGCGCCUCGACGGCCGGCCGCGCGCAGGCUGUGCGCGCCUUCAGCGGCAACUGGGAGUACCCCAAGGUCGAGGGCAGCGUGGCGGACAUCACCAAGGCGCUGACCGCCAUCGGCGCGCGGCUGUCCAUCCCCACGGCGCCGCUGUACUUCACGCCCCUCAAGAUCGACCACAUCGUGCGCGAGAUGAAGGGCGCGGACGAGCUGCAGCAGGUGCACAAGACGCUGCUGCUGUGCGACGCCAAGAUGGCCUACCCGUCCACGUUCGCGGCCGGCAGCUUCCUGUCGGCCUGCAUCAAGCAGAACGCGGCCGACACGGCACUCGAGUUCCUGCGCCAGGCCGAGAACGUGCGCCACUACGUCAAGAACCAGAGCUUCGUGCGCCUGGCCGAGCACUACGCGGCCCAGGAGGACCAGGAGACCGUGGACGAGAUCGUGCGCCUCAUGGGGCACAAGCGCGUGCCCACGUCCUACAAGAUGUACACGUUCCGCGUGCUCAACGCCAAGAAGCAGGGCAAGUGGGACGAGGCCGUGGCCAUCGCCAAGCAGGCGGCCAACGAGAUGCAGAUCAACUCGCACCUCAUCAUCGAGCUGCUGCAGGACCAGCAGGGAGGCAUCCUCAAGGAGCACAUCCCGCUGGCCAGAUACCUGGCGGACAAGGGCGACGUGUACGUGAACGCGCGGCUCGCGGACAUUUUAGCAGGAGGAGACGGCAAGCUGCCGGAGCCCAAGGUGGAGGAGCCGGAGCAGACUGAGGAGGCCGACGAGGCCAAGGCGGAUGACGCUGCGGAGGAGAAGGAGGCCGAGGACAAGUAAGUAGGGUGCUGGUCGAACUGGUUGAGGCAGACUGCGGCCGCUCAAGCCGUCCCUUUAGAGUGAAGAUGGUGAGCAGCGACGCAGAACGCAAUGGAUAUGGUGGUUCAAAAGCUUCUUUCAACCUGUCG